AUGGGAACUUACUCGGCAGUGGACCAGCUCUUCUUGGGGGGGACAUUCCCAAGCCAAAACUGGAUCUUACUCAUAAACAUGCCUGUUAUGAUGGGUUGCACCGUCAAGAUGCCUCCUGGCACUACGAUCGACGUGACUGGUGGGAAGGACACAAUUAUCUGCUCUCGGGUGCACUACGUGCAGAUGGAUGACCCCCUAGCUUCUGCCCCCACUGCUAAAGGUAUAGUUGUCAAGGGGUGCUCAUUAUCGGUGAAGGACGGUGCGAGCGCGCUGAGGACCAAGGCGAAGAUCGUGUGGGCCAAACUGGCAGAGAAGACGGAGGCCGCGACGUCGAGGUCGCACGACGAGCGGCAGCUGGCGCAUGAGCGCGGCAGGGCCAAGGUCGCCGCCGCGGAGGCGCAGCUUCACCAGGAGAAGGUCGCGCAUCGGGAGGCCGCCAUGGAGCACCGCCUCCACAAGCACGCCGGCGUCGGCGGCCACAACCACAAGCACGGCGCCGGUGGCGUGCACUGAUAUAUAGCAGGGGCGUGGCGCCCCUAGGUGGCUAGGUGGCCGGCCACCGUGUGAUCUCCUCUAUUUUUUUAGCUGAUGUAUGUACUACUACGUACGCGUGUCGUGUUUAUUUGGUUAUAAGUUGUCUUGGUGUGCUAUGUGAUUUUAUUGACGUUAUCGGCGUUUGAAUGAUCGACUAAUUGAAAAAACUAUUUCUCUUC